UCCAAGUCCAGACCACUGUGACGGCUCGGGAUGCAGUGGAUGACUCUGACACCUUCGAUGUCUGGCCAAGCUCUGGGAACUCCACCGAGCUGCUUCAUCUGCCUUCCUGGCGCCCUUAGUUGUCAUCUUAGACUCGAGCCCGUGACCGAAGGUCGGCGAGGGCUCGGCAAUGAAGGGGUUAAGGGACCUGGCCGGAGUCGCAACGCUGGGACGUGUCUGAGGCUGGAUUGGAAGCCAGGACCUCAUGAGCCACACCUACCAGAAAAAAAGAUGUUUUUAAAAGGAAAGUUCUGGGAUUAAAGUCUAACACCUGUAAUAGGUGGGAAGGAGAAAAGGAAACCACCCACGUGUCGCUUACAUGCCUCGAUUGGAGUGUUGAGGCUCCUCCUGGACGCUAGGGGGCUGGAAGACGACCUUCUCUUCUAUCCUCUUCCGAGCUGCCUCUCUUUCCCACGUAGCGUCGCGUCAGUGGCCGGGUGUACAUACUGCGCCUGCGCACGAUUCCUGGCCCUUUUUUUCCCCUAGCGCUGCGGGGCCCGCUUGUCUGUGCCGAGGGCGCGGGUCUCUUUCGGCAGGAUGGGGUUUGUUAAAGUUGUCAAGAAUAAGGCCUACUUCAAGAGGUAUCAAGUGAAAUUCCGAAGAAGGAGAGAGGGAAAAACGGAUUAUUAUGCACGGAAGCGUUUAGUAAUCCAGGAUAAAAACAAAUAUAACACACCGAAAUACAGGAUGAUAGUUCGAGUCACCAACAGAGAUAUCAUCUGUCAGAUUGCUUAUGCCCGGAUUGAAGGCGAUAUGAUUGUCUGUGCAGCUUAUGCACAUGAGUUGCCAAAGUAUGGUGUGAAGGUUGGCCUGACCAACUAUGCUGCAGCUUAUUGUACAGGCCUGCUGCUGGCCCGCAGGCUUCUUAACCGAUUUGGCAUGGACAAGAUCUAUGAAGGUCAGGUGGAAGUGACUGGAGACGAAUACAACGUGGAAAGCAUCGAUGGCCAGCCUGGUGCUUUUACAUGCUACCUGGAUGCAGGUCUUGCCAGAACUACCACCGGAAACAAAGUCUUUGGGGCCCUUAAAGGAGCUGUGGAUGGUGGUCUGUCUAUUCCUCACAGUACUAAACGCUUCCCUGGCUAUGAUUCAGAAAGUAAAGAAUUCAAUGCUGAAGUACAUCGUAAGCACAUCAUGGGCCAAAAUGUUGCGGAUUAUAUGCGUUAUCUCAUGGAAGAAGAUGAAGACGCUUACAAAAAACAAUUCUCACAGUACAUAAAGAACAAUAUCACUCCUGACAUGAUGGAGGAGAUGUACAAGAAAGCUCACGCUGGUAUACGGGAGAAUCCAGUGUAUGAAAAGAAACCCAAGAGGGAAGUUAAAAAGAAAAGAUGGAACCGCCCCAAAAUGUCCCUUGCCCAGAAGAAAGACCGAGUUGCUCAGAAGAAGGCAAGUUUCCUCAGAGCCCAGGAGCGUGCAGCCGAUAGUUAAAACAUCAAAAUCUGUAAUUUUCUAUGAAGAUUUUCAGAUUAAGACAAUAAACUUAUUGAACAACAA